AAAGAAGAGAUCAAAUGAAAACGUAAAAAGAGAAAAGAAGAACGUCUCUUGAGGGAGAGAAAAAAAAAACGUGUCACAGAGUGGCGAAUCACGCGACGAGUCUCGAGUCUUGACCUCACCUCUGCGUCUUCAUAAUGAAGGAGGAACAGUCAAGAUCUCUGUUCGGGAUAUCUCUGUCUGAUCGACCAACAUGGCAACAGUUUCUCAUCUGCACUUCUGGUUUCUUCUUUGGUUAUCUCGUCAACGGAGUUUGCGAGGAAUAUGUGUAUAAUCGCCUGCAAUUUAGCUUUGGUUGGUACUUCACUUUUAUACAAGGAUUUGUCUACUUGUUCCUCAUCUACCUUCAAGGCUUCACCACAAAGCAUAUUGUGAAUCCUAUGAGAACUUAUGUCAAACUCUCUGCUGUUCUCAUGGGAUCACAUGGUUUAACCAAAGGCUCUUUGGCUUAUCUCAAUUAUCCUGCUCAAAUCAUGUUCAAAUCCACCAAGGUGUUACCUGUGAUGAUAAUGGGAGCGUUCAUACCCGGUCUGAGGAGAAAAUACCCGGUUCACGAAUACAUUUCAGCCUUCUUGCUGGUUCUUGGUUUGAUACUAUUCACAUUAGCAGACGCACAAAUGUCUCCAAACUUCAGUAUGAUUGGGAUUUUGAUGAUUACUGGUGCAUUGAUCAUGGAUGCUUUCUUGGGUAAUCUUCAAGAAGCCAUUUUCACAAUGAAUCCCGAGACAACUCAGAUGGAGAUGCUUUUCUGCUCAACGGUUGUUGGAUUACCAUUCUUGUUCGUUCCCAUGGUCUUAACCGGAGAGGUUUUCCGUGCUUGGACUGCGUGCGCACAACAUCCGUAUGUGUACGGAGUGCUUGUAUUCGAAGCCAUGGCCACAUUCAUCGGUCAAGUCUCUGUUCUUUCCCUCAUUGCCCUCUUUGGAGCCGCUACAACCGCCUUGAUAACAACGGCUAGGAAAGGAGUUACGUUGUUGCUGUCUUAUUUAAUAUUCACCAAGCCAUUAACUGAGCAGCACGGGUCAGGAUUGCUGUUGAUAGCAAUGGGAAUAGUGUUGAAAAUGGUUCCUAUGGAUAGUAAACCUCCUAGCAAGAUUCCAGCGAGACAAGCGGUUAGGAACGGUGGAGGAGAGGGUGGUAGAGAUGAUGAAGAAGAGAGGAAGUCAUUGGUUUAAUAAUGUUGCCAUGUAUCUAUAUAUAUAUUUCAGAAGUUUUAAGGAUUUAUAGACAAACACACAAAAGAUGGGGGAUGAAAGCAAAUAGAGUAAUAAAAUAUUGUUUUAUUUUGCAAGAAAUAGAAUAUUUAAU